GUGAGCAUCGUUCUCACUCGGAUCACUUAUUGUCUGCCUCUCUUCUCUUUGCGUGAUAGGAUGGACACCAACUAGGCUAUAUACAGAGAUAUACCCCGUUUUUGUCUUUUGGGCCUCUCCUACACCCGAUUCGUUCGUUUUUUUCCUGCACUUUAUACAGUUUUGGUGCGGCUUGAUGGUUCACCUCUGACUGUGGCUCGCAAAUAACCGAACACCUGCAACGGAUCAGACCAACGUUCCUCAGGCGGUAUCGCUCUACAUUCCUGAGGACUUGACAGAGACACCAGAGCAGCUCACCUCAUAAAAGGUCCAGGAUGCUGGGUGCAACGGUCCCUGCCUGUGGACUGCAGGCUCUGCUGACAGCCCUCCUUCUCUCUCUGGGUUGUGGCCUUGUGUGGUCAGACCCAGUGGUGAACAUGAGGAAGGUGACACACCAGAUGGUGAGGGAGCAACUGGCCAACAGCGUCCUGCUGCCCUGUGUCUUCACCCUGCGCCCCACCCCUACCCACGAGCCCCCCCGCAUCAAGUGGACCAAGGUGUGGGGCCAGAGGGGUGCCGAUGGUCGGCAGAGGGAACAGUCUGUCCUGGUCGCCAAGGACAACGUGGUCAAGGUGAAGAAGGCGUUCCAGGGGCGUGUCACCCUGCCCGGUUACCAGGACAACCGUUUCAACGCCAGCAUGGCACUCAGCGCCCUGCGCUCCAGUGACUCGGGCAUGUUCCGCUGUGAGGUGGUGGUGGGCAUCAACGAUGAACAGGACACCGUUCCCCUGGAGGUCACAGGUGUGGUGUUCCACUACCGUGCUCCUCAUGACCGCUACGCCCUGUCCUUCCCUGACGCCCAGCAGGUGUGUCUGGAGAACUCAGCUGUCAUCGCCACGCCUGCUCAGCUCCAGGCCACCUUUGCUGACGGGUAUGACAACUGUGAUGCCGGCUGGCUGUCUGACCAGAGUGUGAGGUACCCUAUCCAGUCACCCAGGCCGGGUUGCUAUGGUGACAGGGAGGACUCACCUGGAGUGCGCAACUACGGCAAUCGGGCCCCUGACGAGCUGUUUGAUGUCUACUGCUUUGCCAAGCAACUGCAAGGUGAGGUGUUCCACUCGUCUGUACCAGAGAAGCUGAGCCUGGCCACAGCCUCUACCCAUUGCCACUCUCUGGGAGCCCAGCUGGCCACGGCAGGGCAGCUCUACCAAGCCUGGCAGACUGGCCUGGACCAGUGUGACCCAGGCUGGCUGGCCGACGGCAGUGUGCGCUACCCCAUAAACCUUCCCCGACGCAACUGUGGCGGGGAUGAUCCGGGUGUGCGCACUGUCUACCACAACCCCAACCGCACUGGUUUCCCAGACACCACCACCCGCUUUGACGCCUACUGCUACCGAGAACGUGAAGCAGGAGUCCAGGCAGCCCAGCCAGUGGGGUUCCUCCAAUACAGAGACCCAGAGGCCAAUUCCUCAGACACUGAGCCCCAGCACUCUGCCCCCUACCCCCAUCCCUCCACCUGGACUGGCAUGGCAGACCUGGACAAGAAGGGCAUCAGCUCCAUCACUGGAGGCAACGAGUCCUCCGAGAUCUCUGAGGAGCACGUGGUAAUCCACCUCCGGCCAGGGGAGAGUACCCAGGGCUGGGGAGAGGAGAACCAGGAGACCAAGGGGCGAUCUAAGACUGGAGCCCCUCAGAACCCAUCCUCCAGCCCCAAUACCAGCACCCUGGGUCUGUCUGUCCUGGAGAGUCUAGAGACCCACGGAGGUUCUGCCCAGGAAGAGGUGGAGGGCGAGGGGGAUGAGGAGUGGCGUUUUGGGUUGUCCGACUCCCCUCUGUCCUCCCAGGCCUCUCCAGUGCUCCAGACCCAGACAGCCAAUAACAUUCUCCACAGCUUCGUCAACAACCUGAUGAAGCCCUUCAGGUAUUGGACAGGCUCUGUGGAGGCCGGCACAGAGGCAUCUCUCCCAGCCACACCUGCCUCACUUCCCGAGGUGAGAGGACUACAGGAUCAGACAACCCCGGGGUUGGCUAUAGUCACACCCACCGAAGGAAAGCAAAAGCUGGGCAGUAAAGGAAGCACGGACAACGCUAUCAUAGAGCAUCGGAUUCGAGGCUCCUUGCUCAAGACAUCCAUCAAUGGACUCACCAGCACACAGGAGGGUCUGCCUGAUCAGGAUAGAGAGGUGGUCACGUUAGUCCCAUUGGGCCCUGUGAUCCAGUACACACUCACCCAGCCUGGGAGGAAGGGUCCUAGCAUGUCCCUAACCAACCCUCAAGGAUCAUCGUCUAAUGGAUUCACAGCAGUGGGACCCGGUGUGAAUAGCAAGGCCGUGGUGGCUGUGAAUGGAUCAGGAGGCCCCCUCCAGGGCAUUUGGGGUGGGUUGGCUUCAUCCCUAGGGACCCCGGAACCAUACCCAGGCAGCCAGCUGAGAUGGGCCCUGAAGGCCAUGAAGGGCUCCAAGCUGGAGGCCCCAGGACAGGGACACGUGGCCUACAUGGGGAAGGAUUCCACCUGGGAGCCCAUGGAGGCCAAAGUGGGGCCCCUAGAGGUCAUGACCCUGUCUACCAACCCAGAGAGCUACUCUGGUGAGGGGAGAGAUCAGAAUGAGGACCGCAGCAUCCCCCGAUCCAUCCUGGAGAGAGAGGACAACGAGACAGAGGCAGAGGGAAGCGGGAGAGGAGGGAACGACUUUCCAGGUGGCUUUGGAUCAAACAGUGACAUGAACCCAGGCAGCGGUGCCAGCAGCAGCACAAAGCCUCUUCUGUCUGGAUUGAAACCCACCGAGAUCCAGAGCCAGAACCAGACUCUGUCAGAACACACCACUAUGUUUCAGUGGCAGCUAGUGGACGAGCCCACCACCUCAUCUACUGCUGCCUCUGCUGCUGGCUCCAGCCGGGGCCCGGGGGGUACCGCUGAGGAGGCCAGGGGAGAGAUUGUCUAUGUCCGACGCCCUACUGAGAAGCUCCUUCCAACCACCUCCAGUAAGAAAGAUGGCUUCCCCCCUGUGAUCAGAAAGCAGAGCCUGAGUACAGCCAGGGUGACUGAGAGACAACGAAGCCCAAAUGAGGCCACCACACCUGGGUUCACCUCCAGACCUGCAGCUUCUAUGGAGCCCCUGACAACCAUCAAAACUUCCAAAGCAAACAACCAGAGAAACGACUCGAGUGAUUCUACCUCUACCAAGGAGCCACCCAUCUCCAUUGCACGGGUUCCGGUAGAUAGAGAGGAGACAGCUAGUACCACAUCUCUGACUAGAGAUGGACCCCAAACAACUGCAGCUUCGACUCAGCUGACCACGGCGUUGUCCUUUCUGAAGGGCAGCGACCAUGAGGAAGAGUCCAGGUUAGCUGUUUCAGAAUCAUUCGUGGUGGGAAAAGGAUGGAAGCCAUUGGGAGGGAUGAAGCCCACGUUUAAGGAGGACAAAACCCCUGUGACCACAGAGAAGACGGAGAAGAGAGAGAAGACCACCUUUGGUGUCGUGUUGCCCAGCUGGGGCGUUGGCCUCAACCCUUCAGCUGAGGACAACCCAUGUCAGACCAGCCCCUGUCUGCAUGGAGGCAGUUGUCUGCAGGAGGGCGACGGUUACAGCUGCUACUGCCCCCAGGGCUACUCCGGAGAGAGCUGUGAAAUCGACAUCGAUGACUGCCAGUCAAUCCCGUGUCAGAAUGGAGGCACCUGUAUCGACGAGAUCAAUUCCUUUGUGUGCCUGUGUCUGCCCAGCUACGGUGGAGCCACUUGUGAGAAAGACACGGAGGGCUGUGAACACACAUGGAGGAAGUUCCAUGGCCACUGCUACAGGUACUUCAGCCGCAGACAUACCUGGGAGGACGCAGAGAAGGACUGCAGGGAGCACAGCGGACACUUGGCCAGCAUACACGCACUCCACGAGCAGGACUUCAUCAACGAUCUGAGCCAUGACAACACCUGGAUCGGCCUGAACGACAGAACAGUAGAGGAGGAUUUCCAGUGGACUGACAACAUGGACCUGCAAUAUGAAAACUGGCGUGAGAACCAGCCGGAUAACUUCUUUGCGGGGGGAGAGGACUGUGUGGUGAUGAUCGCCCACGAGAACGGCAAGUGGAACGAUGUGCCCUGCAAUUACAACCUGCCCUACGUCUGCAAGAAGGGAACAGUGCUGUGUGGGAACCCCCCCAACGUGGAGAACGCCUUUCUGAUUGGCCGUAAGCGGUCCCACUAUGACAUUCAUUCAUUGGUGCGUUACCAGUGUGCCGAUGGGUUCCUCCAACGUCACGUCCCCACGGCCAAGUGUCGUGCCAACGGCAAGUGGGACCGGCCCAAGAUCAUCUGUACAAAGUCCCGGCGAGCCCACCGCUACAGACGGCACCAUGAUCACAGUGGGAGAUGGGAGCGUAAAAAGCACAAUAAACACAGCCAUGGACACGGUGAGGGAGGCCACCACGGAGGAGACCAGGGCCACAGGCACAGCCAUGGACACGGAGGCCACCACGGAGGAGACCAGGGCCACAGGCACGGCCAUGCUCAUGCCCACAUCUGAACCGAAAGCCUCCGCAGCCCAAACCUCACCUCACUGCCCAGUCUCCCUCUCUACUGCUCUCUACCCCCUGUCCAUCCCCUCUCCUGCCGUUUUCCUGACCCCACAGCCUGGCUCCCCGAGCCAGCAUGUAUCAUACUCAACUUUGAGGCCUGACAGCCGACUGCUAGGCCUCACUGAGACAAUAACAAUCCCUUUGUACUCUUUUCUUUACCUUCAACACUUCCCUUUUCUUUCAUUUAUCCCUCCCCCUUCACGACCUACUGUCAUCGAGUCAGUGAGGACCCAGGAUACGGGGCUUUACUCACCUAAUUAAGCUUUUGUUUACAUAAACAAUUGUGGAGGAGGAGGUUUAGUACAAGCUGUAAAUAGUGACAACAUCAUUGGAAUCAGAAGUCGAGGAAUAGAUACAUGCAUCCAUGUUUUUCCACGAGUCUUCAUUCUAACACCUUUAUUUUGAAGAGACUUGUUGUCUGGGUGUAUUUCCUGACUUUGCUGUUUUUGGUUAUAGCUCUUUGUAAGACAUUUGACUUAAUAACUUACACCAGUUAUUCUGAACAGAUUGACAUGCUUUGCUUUGACACUGGUGCUUGUACUGAUUGAGUAGCGUUGUGCUUCAGCAUCGUAAGACAGACACUUUGGACUGGGUGUACUAGGUGCACAGAGGAAAACAGAGACAACUCACAGUUAGCUUGUAUCGGAGUCAACCUCACACCACUGAGGUCAAAUCAAAUCCAAUCAAGCAUCCACAGCAGUCUUUUUUUUAAAGCUGAACUGGAAAUGUUACUUUAAUGGUUUCUUCUAACAAUAUCAUCCUACGGUAUGUGUUGCCUUUCUAAGUCAUUCUGUGUUCCUGCUUAAGUACUAGAGGAGAUUGCUAGUUGGUAGUUGAGAAACCCAACCCAGAAAAGCUGUUACCUUUGGAAAUGGACAGAUUGUGAUUGAGUCUGGUUUUCCACCUAGCUAAUAGGCAAUGAUCCUUCAUUAGAAUCCUGUCAUGCCUAUCACCACACUCUCCUAUUCCAUCUGUGUCUCUAAAUUGAAGGUCUGUUCAUCGUCUACCUUAGAGCUCUACUUCUCUGGCCAGCUGAGGAGAAAUUGUUCUGUCAGACUGUCAGAGAGAGAGAGAGAGAAGGACAUGUGGAGAAAUAGAGAGAGAGAGAAAAAUAGAGAGGAGCAAGGAAUCUGGACUCUUAAUUACAGUUGUCCCCGUUCUCCAGCACAUCAAACAGAGGGAUGACAGGGCUCUCUGUGCAGCCGUCGGGUACAGAGCUGGGGCCAUAAUUAGCUUUAGAAGUACUGCUAAUAGGACAUGGGGCCAUAAAGUCGGGAUGACUAUCAGAAGAGACCUGGGCUGGGGAGAGGGCAAAGAACCAGAGCUGUUGGAAAAGGCAGAGGUGGCUGGGUUCAGAGCCCAAUCUCAGUGAGGGUUGUGUGGGGUUAACAGUGAAGCGACAGGACUCACAGAAGAUGCUAGAAAAAUUAUAGAUGGUUAGAAGAAAUAAAGCACUUUUGUUUUUCUGGACAUGGAGGCAAUUGGCUAUCGUUCACAUUGUUUCACAAUAGUACUCACUCCAGGUUUGUCCUGGUUUUAAACAGGUGUACUGCAGCCUGGGAUAAGACCCGGCCCACCUCCUCUCUGCAGCCGCUAAAAAAUGAGACAAGUUUUGUUUUUCACUGCAGUGUCCGACUGAUUCUCUAAAGCUCCUUUAUCACCUUAUGCAAUUCCUCUGAGCUUACAUCCCCCUCUUUCUCUUUCUUUCUCUCCUCUCUCUUUUUGCUCUCUCUCUCUCUC